AUGAGCGAGGUGUUUGUCCGGGUGGCGGUCCGUAUCCGGCCCCUGCUUCCCAAAGAAGUCCUCCAUAACCAGCAGGUGUGUGUGCGGGUGGUGCCGGGCACCACACAGGUGAUGCUCGGCUCCGACCGACUCUUUUCUUUCGACCACGCUUUUGGACCGACAGCCAGCCAGGAUGAGGUGUACGAGUCCUGCGUCCGGCCGCUGGUGGAGUCCCUGGUCGACGGCUACAACGCCACCGUCUUCUGUUAUGGACAAACGGGAUCAGGGAAGACAUACACACUCGGAGGGGGGAACCUGGAUGAAGAAGGAGGAAUUAUUGACCGUGUGGCCCAGGAUGUGUUCUUGUUGUUGGAGGAGAGGAGAAAGAACAGUGAUGGUGUGGAGGCCACAGUGCGGGUCUCAUAUAUGGAGCUGUACAGGGAGGAACUGAGAGACCUGCUGGAGCUGCACACCAUUCACAAAGAGCUUCAUAUCAGAGAGGAUGAGAAGGGAAACACAGUGGUGGUGGGAGCCAAAGAGAUUGUUGUCACCUCAGCGGAAGAGCUACUGAGCAUUCUAGAUACAGGUAAUGCUCUGCGCCACACCGGCACCACAGGGAUGAAUGAGCACUCCAGUCGCUCUCACGCCAUCCUCACUCUUCAGCUCAUCCAAUGUUGUCACAACAACGAUUCCUCCUUAAAGUCUGUCCGCUCUUCCAAACUCUGCCUCGUCGACCUUGCUGGCUCGGAGCGUGCUGGAAAAACUGGCAACACGGGGACACGGCUCAAAGAGUCUGUUCAUAUCAACACAGGCCUGCUUGCACUGGGCAAUGUUAUCCGUGCCCUGUCUGACCCUGCUCGAAAUCGCCGUGGUAACAACUGCAACAGCGCACACAUACCAUACCGUGAUGCCAAGAUUACCCGUCUCCUCCGUGAUUCUUUAGGAGGCACCGCCCAUACACUGAUGGUGGCAUGUGUAAGCCCCUCUCAUCACAGCGUCGCUGAGACUCUGAGUGUCCUGCAGUUUGCAUCCAAAGCCCGUCACAUUCGCAACCGCCCUGGAGCGAUAUCUGCUUACACAGAGGUUAAAUCAUGCCCCUCAGCCUGGGACCCCAGUGAGGCUCGACUAGGAGAGCUUGAGUAUGAAGUACAGACACUGAGAGAACUGUUGAAAGAGAAGGAGAAAGAGAUGGAGAUGCAAAGGGAGAGGACAGGUGGAAGAGCUGGAGAGGAGGAGGGCUUCAGACAGUCCAGUCAGAUGAGGAUAUCUGAGCCAGAUCAGAAGAAGAACCAAGAGGAACCAUCACAGUACCGCCUCCUGGCACAGGAAGCUGCAGCUCUGCUUGCAGAUAUCUCUGGCCUUUCUACAAGUCGUUCUUUCAGGCAGCGACUGAAGGAUUGGCAGGAGAGACUGACAUCUGUCAAUAACGGACAUCAAAUUGAUGAUAGGGGCUGUUCAGAGGGGAAUGGAGACCAGCCUGACCAUGUUACAAUAUUAAAGCUCAGAGAAAAGCUCAACAAAUGCCAGGAAACACUCAACUUAGAGGAGCAGCUGUUGGACCAGAAGGAUGCAGAACUGAGGCAGCUACAGAAAGAAGUUGAGAAACUUCUUCAAGAGUGCAAAACCCACCUCAAAGCCUUAGAGGAAGAAAAGGAACAUAAUCGUAUACAGACCGAACAACUGGUGAACCAGCAGAUUCUGAUUGAUCGUCUUCGCAGUGACCUCAUGACCUUUCAAGGUGCAACCUCAGGGGCACCAUUGGAAGUAGUAGCUUCUGGGAACUCAGACAAGAGGCCCCAUAGUGUCCCUCUGAUCAGACACAGCUGUGGACACUGGCCUCCCAGGAAGAUUCAUUCCAGUCCACCGGCCUACUCACUGGAGAGGGUGAUGGCAGCCUUUAAGAUGCGUGGUCAGCUCCUUCUGGCUGAGCUCGAGGAAAAGGAUGAGGUGUACUGUCCAUUCAUAAAACAACCAGCAGAGAGCAAAGACAGGGGUCAGGAGAAUGAGGAGGACGAUGACGACUGUGUGAGCAAAAUGGCAUUUAGGCAUUCCUUAAACCGAACAUGGACCAGCCGGCAGAAGAAAUCAGCUCUGAAAGAGAAAAACACUGCACUAGACCAAACAUCUAAUGGGAAUCCAUUGGUACAACAGCCUCAACAAUCCACAGGGACCAAAGAGAACCACACCAAACAAAGCCAUGUGAGGAAGGCCAGACUAAGAACCAGUGUUAUUCAGAGAAGGAUCCGAGAUCUGUCAGUCAACAUGCGCAUGGAAGAGGAGCUCAUCAAAGAGCUUCACAAAACUGACAAGGAGAUUCAAGCUGUGGAAAAACAUGGCAGGCACAGUGGAGAUGGCAGAGAUGCUGGCAUGUUGGCAAGACUUUCCAUGCAGAGCCAACAGGUCCGAGCAGAGGUAUAUCGCAGUCUUCAGCACAUGAGACUGCAGAGAGCACAGCUUCAGACCAGCCUCAUGCAGCAGAGACAGAACGCUGGCAGCAACAAAGACCAAAGUUGGGAGCAAAGAGCAGGAGAUUUGGCUGCAUGCAAAAACAAUCACCAGGAGGAGUCAAAGGAAAAGCUGUGUCACAGCAGUUGGCUGGAGCAGGAUGAGGAGCAGGCGCUUCAGAAGAGAGCAGAGCUGCAGGAGCUAGAGGAGGAGCUGAGGAGGAGAGAGGAGGUGGUCCUGCGCAGAGAGGCCUGUCUGCAACAGAAACACAAACUGGAGAUCAAGAAGCUACGCUCCAGUCAGGCUCUGAGUCAGGACCUGCUGGAUGUGUCAAUGCGGUUGGAGUCCGUGGAGGAGCACCUGCAGAGCAGUACCAAUACUAAGCUGGCUGGAGGAGUCACCGUAGAGGAACUGCAGAAGGAGAGAGACAUGCUUAAAAAGAGGAGAGACACUCUGGAUGCCCAGCUAAAGGAAAACAGAGUACUUACUGUGGAGGAGGAACAUUCCCUGGUCCAGCUGGAGGAAGCUAUUGAAGCUCUGGAUGCAGCUCUGGAGUUUAAAAACCGUUUCAUCCAGGAAAAACAGAAGAAAUUGUUCAUCAAAGACUCCUCUUUGAAUCAGCCACAAAGCGCUGAACCUGCCCAACUUUGCAAUGUAAUCAGGAAGCUGAAGGAGCUCUCACCACCCGAGGCUUCGGAGCUGCUUGUCAAAUAUUUCAACAAGGUUGUUGGUCUUCGUGAGGUGGAGCGCCAUUUGCGUUUGCGCUGUGAAGAGCUGGAGCUUCAUGCUGGAGAGCAAGAGGUGGUGCUGAGGGAGAUGGAGGCUGCCAUGCAGCGCCUGGCCUUGGAUACAGACCGCAGGCUCACCCAGCAGCACCGAGAUCACCAGAACAACAUCCAUCUACUCCUGCAGAAACUUCAAGUGGGUGGUUCAGGAGAGCCACAGCAGGCUGUCAAAGACAGACUACAGCAUCUGGAAAAAGAACUGUAUUUCUACAAAAGCACCAGCCGGCAGCUCAAAAAGAAACUCAAAGAGCUGUUCAGUGGUGAUCAGCCCUCACACAAUCAGGAGCACACACAAACACACAAUAUGCAGAUACACUCAAACACAAACAAAUCCCAAACGAGCACUGAAGAGGUACUAACAAGGAAACAUAUUGCAACAACGUACACAAAGAUACAAGCCGAGCAAACAGACCAAAAGACACAGAGCGAUUCUCACAUGAAGACAAAUGCACACCUAACCCCCUGUCCUUCCUCAUCUUCUGACCUACAAGCACACAAAAAGACCAGAAUGCCUGAUUACAACCAGAUACACACAUGCACACAGUCCAAGGGGAGGAAUGAAAGAGGGGCUGGUGACAGUUUAGAGAUGACGCCAGUCCGUUUGUGUCGCAGAGAGCUGAGACAGAUCUCUCCAGCUGACCUGCAAAUCUCUGGUUCAGCCACAAGGAGGCGACAGUCUGUCAUGGAUACCAGCACAGAGUCAAUACUGGAGGACUCCAUAGAAGAUCCCAGAAACAGUGACAGGUGAUAUUGCAUCAUUUGCAGA